UUGCCCGCUUAAGCACUUUUUGUUGAUCCAAACGCGUGCAAUUAUUGUUAGGGAAGCGUAAAGAACGUUUCUUUCAAGCCUUUGCAGUAAAAUUAAGACGCAGUCUCUCUUGAGUGAGUAUUUAGCGGCAUUUUAUGGGCGCGCGAGAAGAAAGCUCAAAUCAAGAUGUUGGUCUUGCCAAUCAAAUCACCAUCAUCAUAAAAAACCCAUAUGAAGAUGUCGACUGCCGGACCAGUCUCAGCAAAUCAUGCAGGCGGAGCUGCAAGACAGCAACAAGCUUUCAAAACACAAGAUAAGCCAGAUGAAGUUCGUAGAUCAAAUAUGAAUGCUGCCAAAGCGGUAAGCGACGCAAUUCGAACCAGUCUUGGUCCAAAAGGUAUGGAUAAAAUGAUUCAAACUGCAUCUGGAGAGGUUGUCAUCACAAACGAUGGUGCAACAAUCCUAAAGCAUAUGGCAGUCAUGCAUCCUGCAGCAAGAAUGUUGGUCGAAUUAUCACAAGCUCAAGAUGUUGAAGCUGGUGAUGGUACAACUUCUGUAGUCGUCAUUGCAGGUUCUUUAUUGAGCGCAGCCGAAAAGAUGCUCAACAAGGGUAUUCAUCCAACCAUCAUUGCAGAGUCAUUCCAAAGAGCAGCCUCAAAAGCCGUCGAAUAUCUUACCGAAAUUGCAACACCUAUUAAAUUGACAGAUCGGGAAAGUUUAUUGCGCGCAGCCAGCACCAGUUUGAACUCAAAGAUUGUCUCUCAAUAUUCAUCUGUGUUGGCUCCUAUCGCUGUUGAUGCUGUCACACGUUUGAUCGACCCUAGCAAGCCAGCCAACGAUAAAACAUCUGUUCCACUACUCGGACAGAAAGGUGAUGGUGCCAAUGUCGAUUUGAGGGAUGUUCGCAUCGUUAAAAAGGUUGGAGGCACAAUUGAUGAUACAGAAUUGGUUGAAGGUUUAGUACUUGAACAAAAUGUCACCGCAGGCUCUGGAGGUCCUAUUCGUAUGGAGAAGGCACGUAUUGCAGUAUGUCAAUUCCAAUUGAGUAGCCCUAAGCCUGAUAUGGACAACCAAAUCGUUGUGAACGAUUAUAGACAAAUGGACAAGAUUCUCAAAGAAGAGCGUCAAUAUCUACUGAAUAUGUGCAAGAAGAUCAAAAAGACAGGUUGCAACGUUUUACUAAUCCAGAAAUCCAUCUUGCGUGAUGCAGUGAACGAUUUGGCUCUUCACUUCUUGGCAAAACUCAAAAUUCUCGUCGUGACAAACAUCGAACGGGACGAGAUUGAAUUCAUCACAAAGACUUUGAACUGCAAACCGGUGGCUGAUAUUGAAAACUUCACAGAAGAUAAAUUGGCCAGCGCUGAUUUGGUGGACGAGGUCAGCCAAAGCGGUGCUCGUAUUGCCCGUAUCUCUGGUAUCAAGAAUAUGGGAAGAACAGUCAGCAUCCUAUGUACCGGUGCGAAUGCUUUGGUAUUGGGUGAAAGUGAGCGUAGUUUGCACGAUGCCCUUUGUGUUGUACGUUGUUUGGUCAAGAAGCAAGCUUUGAUCGCUGGUGGUGGAAGUCCAGAAGUUCACGUUUCUCGCUUGUUGGCCGAAUAUGCUCAAACGUUGAGUGGAAUGGAAGCAUACUGUUUCCAAGCCUAUGCUGAAGCCUUGGAAAUCAUUCCUACCACAUUGGCUGAGAAUGCUGGUUUGAACCCGAUCAGCAUCGUGACAGAAUUACGUAACAAGCAUGCAAUGGGUGAGAGAACAGCAGGAAUCAAUGUGCGCAAGGGACAGAUUACCAACAUCUUGGAAGAGAAUGUUCUUCAACCGCUAUUGGUGAACACUAGUGCGAUCGAAUUGGCAACUGAAACAGUAUCUUUACUAUUACGUAUCGAUGAUUAUCACUUGUCUCGUUAAAAGAAAAGGUUUUUGCAAUGGCUUUCUGUACUAUGCUCAUUCACAUGUUCAGACAUCCCCUCCAUCAUAUCUCAU